AUGUUUGCUACGUAGCGGAAGAGGCGGGGCUAACUUGAAGUAUGGCGGCGAUCAGCAACCCAGUAGCUGUGGAAAACUGAUAAAUAUUGCGAACACAAUUUCCGGACGGACGGGAUGAAGGUGAAGAUCAAGAAAUGGAACGGAGUGGCAUCCUGGUUGUGGGUGGCUAAUGACGAGAACUGUGGGAUCUGCAGAUUGGCCUUCAAUGGUUGCUGUCCUGACUGUAAAGUACCCGGAGAUGACUGCCCACUGGUCUGGGGUCAGUGUUCCCACUGUUUCCACAUGCACUGCAUCUUGAAGUGGCUCAACUCCCAGCAGGUCCAGCAGCAGUGUCCUAUGUGCAGACAAGAGUGGAAGUUUAAAGAGUGAACAUGUGGAUUUGUGCCAUGAUUGUACAUGCGAAAAAUGAAGCUGAAAUUGUAUGUACAGUUUAUUUGAAAAAAAAAAAACCUGAAAAGUUUGUGAAAUCCAACCUGUUUGCUGAAUGCUAGAAUCGAACCCGGGUCUUCUGUGUGGCCUCUGUUCCACCGUGCAGUCCGGUAACUGAGUCAUAUUAGUGUUAUAUAUUAUAAGGGUCAAAUGGGUCGGGAGGUUGUGGUUCAUGGGGUGGGAACAUGCGUAAUAAAUAUUUUAUACUUCCACCUACUCAUUUUUUUUAAUUCAUGCAGAAUCAGAACUGGUUUAGACGGGUUCAGACUGUUUCAAACCGGUUCUGAUUAGUUUUGACCAGUUCAAACAGGUUUACAUUUUCCACCAUGGCUCUGCCUCCUGAUAUUGAGGAUGUGUGAUGAGAAAUGAUGCUGAAAUGUGAGCAAUUGUAUGUACAGUUUAUUUGUAAAAGUACAAAAAUAAAUCAUAAAAACAAAA